UCAGGUAUUCAUUUUGGUGCUGUCACUUGUGAGGCUUGCAAAGGUUUUUUUCGUCGAUCAGUAAAAGAAAAUGCACCAGAACGAUAUCGUUGUGCAGAAAAUAAUAAUUGUGAAAUACUUUCGACAUCAAAAAUAACUUGUCGUGCAUGUAGAUUUAAAAAAUGUGUUGACGCUGGAAUGUCAAUGAAUGCAUCACGUAUUGGUCGACAAUCGAAUUUGUUUAAAGAAAGUAUUCGACAAUUACAAAAUGGUUCAAAAUCAAUGGCAACAGUAACCGAUUCAGCUCGUAUUGCAUCGAUGGCUAAAAAGCGGAAAAUUAAAACAAAAACUGGAAGAGUAUUUUUAUCGAACAAUGGAAUGGAUAUUGAACUUUCAUCGACUACAAAAGAUUUUAUUGAAAAAGUGCAUAAUGCAUAUGUUAUGCAUUUGAAGGAUUUACCUCAAUGUAUUCCGCAUGAAACAGUUUGGUGGACAAUGGCAUCACAAAUGAUAGUUUAUGCUCAAGCAGUAAUGAAUUUUUGUCAAAAAACAAUUCCGGGCUUUGAUAAUAUGUAUGAAAAAUAUGAAGUAAUAUCAUCCUGUAUAAAUUCAGUAAUCAUGGUAGCAUUAUUACCAAAAACAGUAUCUAUGAGAUCUUCAUAUGGUGAUAUUCAAUCUACAUGGAAUUAUUGGCAAGCUGAAUCAACAUUAUCAAUAGAAUUAAAUGCACAUGUUCCACAAUUAACAGAAGCUGAAAACUCAUUUCGUUCAUUUGAAACAAAAUUACGAGAUUUUUAUUUAGAUGAAAAAGAAUUAUCUCUUCUUUUAUUAAUGAUUAUUACUCGAACAAGUAAGAAAAAUUAUUUUGUAAUUAAUAAAAAAAAUGAUUAUUUUAUUUAA